GUGAAGGUGCUCGCGUGGCCGUCUCCCGCUGGUGCUAGUGAGUCGGGUGGUUCGCAAUACAUGAACGGUGUGUGCUGCUUCUCAGGGUCAGAAGCGGGUUCAGUGAGUGCUAAGGCUCGGUGUCGCGGAGGUGACGUUAGCGGUGUAUGCAUUGUGUGAUCUCUCGUCAAGACCUGUUCUUUUCGGUAAACAACGAUCCGUAAUAGCGGUGAAGAGGUAAACAAGACGUUGCGUUGUGUCGACUUCGAACUUCAGUCCCGACUGCGCGAGCCUACUGCAUGCAGGAGCAUCGUCCAGGGGAGCAACAAGGUGCCUGUGCUGAUGCUUUUGGCCAGUAAAUAGCGACCUUCACGAUGAUGUUGGCAAGUAUGCCGGAGCAUCCUGCCUCGCGCCCUUCUCCCAAGACGUUUGCAAAGCACGAUCUCGCGAAACGUCGCAGAGAAGGGUUUGUCUCUAAGGGGCGCGCCAGAUCGUCCCUUUGGUGUACAGCUCUGACGGCGGCGGUGCUGGUACUGCUGCUCUUUGCACAACAGGCUAGGUGCUCGCCUGAGGUCACUGCCAAACGAGAGAAGGCUGCAGGAAUAUGGAACAAAUCCGGCCGCAGUUGUCCCAUGGCCUUCCACGAGAUCGGGGGCAGGUGCUACUUCUACGGGUACUUCCCUUUGAACUGGUACCGCGCCUCGGAGUUCUGCCACUCGUUCGGGAAGGGCGUGUCUCUUGCGUGCAUAGAAUCGGCCAAGGAGAACUUCCACAUCAAGCAGUGGCUGGGGGUUAACGGUAACCACAACACCGGCGUGUGGGUGGGCGGGUCGGACAACGGCCACGUCGGCAGGUGGGCGUGGUUUCCAACAGGCCAGCUGGUGUCGUACAGUAACUGGGGCCCGUCACAGCCCAGCGGCGGGGACCAGCACUGCAUGUACCUGGUGGGGGGCCUCCUCGGGUACCAGUGGGCGGACUUCCACUGUGACUUCGACAUGCAUUUCUUGUGCGAGUAUGGCGUGAACGACCUGGAGCCUUGGCGAUGACCUGAAGAUGUGCACUCAUGAGAUUCCUUUAUUUUUGUAUUUAUAUUCUUUUCUCUUCUGUUCUUGGCUGGUUGUUUAUUGUAAGAUUCAUCUUUUAUAAGUUAUUGUUUUAAGCAUAUAUGUGAAAUUGCAUGCUGUGCUGUAGAACUGACUGCGAAGACAAUUUUCACUUACAGUUAUUUUUUUAUGCAGAGGUAUUAUGCUAGCAGUUAAUUAUAGCACUUUUGUAACGAUCAGUAUGCAAUGUGAUAAUGCACCCUAGUUUUCAGUAAGUCACAAAAUAGCAAUAUAUAGCACAAACCUAAAGUUAAGUUGAUAUUGAGGCUAAACAAAUUCUAAACUAAUAAUAAAUUUCCAAAUCAGCUUAAUCCUAUCAAUAAACAUGUAAAAUAAUACAGUGAAACAUAUUCUAAAAAUCAGCAAAGGAAACAAUGCAUUAUGUAUAAAACUAACAUUAAAUUUCAUAUGAGGUUGUGUAAAAAUUGGGCAUUGGAUAUUCGGCAUCGACGUAUAAGUGAAUACAGUAAACAACUUUUAACAUGAGUAAUUUGGACGCACUACUUAUUGUGUUGCUUCUAUGAGUUGUAAUGACUAUGUACAAAUAUGUUAACUUUUACCCUGAAGCUACAAGGUUUUUUCUACCGUCUGUUAGAAAAAUAUUUAUACAUAAAAAAGAUAAAAAC